AUGUUUUCUGGAAAGCUGUUGGGUUUGGUGUGCAAUCAUUUCAACAUAAAGGGCAGUAAGGGAGAAUGGUUAAAUGCCAUUAUGAGCAUCAAAGUGAGCUGGCUACCCCCACCGUCCAACAUGCAAAAUGGAUUUAUCACUGGCUAUAAAAUACGGCACAGAAAGACAGCUCGCAGGGGUGAGAUAGAAACAUUGGAGCCAAAUAACCUCUGGUAUCUGUUUACAGGUCUUGACAAAGGAAGCCAGUAUAGUUUCCAGGUUGCAGCUAUGACAGCCAAUGGAACGGGACCUUCUUCAGAGUGGUAUACUGCAGAAACUCCAGAGAGUGAUCUUGAUGAAUCUCAGGUGCCUGACCAGCCAAGCUCUCUUCACGUCAGGCCUUUGUCAACCAGCAUUGUAAUGAGCUGGACACCACCAUUGAAUCCAAACAUCAUUGUACGUGGCUACAUCAUUGGCUAUGGGGUAGGCAGCCCCUAUGCCGAGACAGUCCGGGUGGACAGCAAACAGCGAUAUUAUUCCAUUGAACAUCUGGAACCAAGUUCCCAUUAUGUCAUAUCUCUGAAAGCAUUCAACAAUGCUGGGGAAGGAGUACCUCUUUAUGAGAGUGCUACCACCAGAUCACUGACAGGUUAUAACUCUUGGAUCUGCAAUGUCAAGAUGAGACCAUGUAAAAAAGAGAUGUCAGCAGAUACAACAGCCUUGAGCCAUACCGUGUCUGGUCUUAAACCAAAUACCAUGUAUGAGUUCUCUGUCAUGGUGACCAAAGGUCGGAGGUCAAGUACAUGGAGCAUGACAGCUCAUGCUACAACAUAUGAAGCAGCCCCGACCUCUGCUCCCAAGGAUUUGACAGUCAUUACCCGUGAGGGCAAGCCUCGAGCUGUAAUUGUCAGCUGGCAACCUCCAUUAGAAGCCAAUGGGAAAAUUACUGCUUACAUUCUGUUCUACACCUUGGAAAAGAAUUCCCCCAUUGACGAUUGGAUCAUGGAGACCAUCAGUGGAGACCGACUUACGCAUCAAAUUAUGGAGCUGAACCUGGAUACAGUAUAUUACUUCAGAAUACAAGCUCGAAAUGCCAAAGGCGUGGGACCUCUCUCUGACCCUAUUCUCUUCCGGACUCUGAAAG